AUUAACAUGGCACAAUUAGUCUGUUCAAUUGACCCAGUGUAUUCGCCAGCAAACUAGGUCGAUCAAUAUUACACGGAGAGAAGAGAGAGGUGGCGAUUUUCCCAUACGAGAGGUGGUGACCACCCUUCUUCACGAAGAGGAGAUGCGCGUGUGGAAAUUGCUCUCAGUGCGCGGCGGAAAAUUUGCCCACCCAAAACAUGUCGUCGUCUUCUAGCGAGGAUUGUCUGACGGUUGUGGAUGUGCCGGAAAAUCGCUACGACGAAGCGAUCCAUCAUCUGAGAUUGAAUUUCUUCGCUGAUGAACCGCUCAACAACGCCGUGGGGCUCUGCGCGAGAGGGGAAUCUCAACACGAGCUUGAGCGACACUGUCUGCUCACCUUGAAACAGGGGUACUCCAGGAUGCUAGUGGAUAAGAAGGGAGCGAUUGCGGGAAUGGCACUAAACGGUAUUUUGAAGAAAGGUGAGCGUGAGGAGGCAGAACGACGUCUUGCUGAAGUGGACGACGAAAAAUUCAAGACGAUCUUUGGACUACUCUAUAAAGUAAACGAUAAGGUUGAUUUGUUUGCCAAAUAUAACGUGGAUGAGCUAUUUGAAUGUCGUAUCCUUAGCGUUGACGCAGAUUACCGCGGUAAAGGUUUGGCCAGUAUUCUCUUGGCCGACAGCGUUGAAACCGCCAAAACCGCUGGUUUUAAGGUGUGUAAAGCCGAUGCAACCGGCGCAUUCUCACAAAAGGUCUGUCUGAAGCAUGGCUUUCAGGUGGAAGCAGAGAUUCCAUACUCAGAGUUGGACAAGUCUAUCAGACCGACGCCACCCCAUCAAGCAUUAAAGUUGAUGGUGAAGCUGCUAGAUUAAAAAUAAAAUAAGAAAGUAGCUCACUCAGAGAGCUUAAUUUAAUUAAACAAACCGUCAACACGAAAGCGCAAAGCGCAAAGUAGAUAUGUGUAUCAUCGUCGUGUCGUGACAAUAACAGCUCUGUUAAUACAUGUCUCGGUGUCGCGCGAAUGACGUGACGCCUUCUCUUCAGAAUAUUUAUCUAAAAGCAAAAGAGAAAAGAGUGUAUCACGCGUUUCUCGUAGUACAUGUCAAAACGUCUUCGAAUCCGAUGAUAUCCGGUAUUACUGCCCCUUAUAUACGUGUUCUGAAUAGAGAAAUCUUCGUUACAAACGAAAUGGAGGAAAA